AUGUCGGUCCGCUCCAAAGCCAUCGCCGAGCCCGAGGCGGCCGCGCAGCAGCUCGCGGAGCGCGACGACGUCCGAAACAUCGCCAUCAUCGCGCACGUCGACCACGGCAAGACCACCCUCGUCGAUGCGAUGCUCGCGCAGUCCAAGGUCUUCCGCGAGAACGAGAAGGUCGAGACCCGCGUCAUGGACAGCAACGAUCUCGAGCGCGAGCGCGGCAUCACCAUCCUCUCCAAGAACACCGCGGUGACCUACAAGGACACCAAGAUCAACAUCAUCGACACCCCGGGGCACGCCGACUUCGGAGGCGAGGUUGAGCGCGUGCUCAACAUGGUCGACGGCGUCCUCCUCCUCGUCGACGCCAUCGAGGGCCCGAUGCCCCAGACCCGGUUCGUGCUGAAGAAGGCUCUGGCGUUGAACAAGAAGGUGGUGGUCGUCGUCAACAAGAUCGACCGCGAGGGAGCGCGCCCGGACUGGGUCGUCGACACCACGUUCGACCUCUUCUGCUCCCUCGGCGCCACCGACGAGCAGUGCGAGUUCCCCGUCAUCUACGCCUCCGGUUUCCAGGGCAUCGCCGGCGCCGAACCCGACGAGAUGGCGGAAAACCUCGAGCCCCUCUUCGACAUGGUCAUCAACGAGGUGCCCAAGCCCGUCGUCGACCAGAACGCCCCGCUGCAGAUGCUCGUCACCAACCUCGACUACGACGAGUUCAAGGGCCGCAUCGCGCUCGGCCGCGUCAACGCGGGCACCAUCAAGACGGCGCAGCAGAUCAAGAUUGGCGUUCCCGGUGAGCCCGCGCGAAGCGGCAAGGUGAACGAGGUGUUCAUCUACAACAACUUCAAACGCACCGACGUGGAAGCCGUGGGCGCCGGCGACAUCUGCGCCAUCGCGGGGCUUCCCGACGUCGGCAUCGGCGAGACCAUCAUGGCCGACGGCGCGGAGCCCCUCCCCACGAUCGAGGUUGAGGAGCCCACCGUCCGAAUGACCUUCAACGUCAACACCUCCCCCUUUGCAGGCCGGGAGGGUAAGUUUGUCACCUCCCGCAACCUCAAGGAGAGGCUCGACCGCGAGCUCGAGCGCAACCUCGCGCUCCGCGUCGAGCCCGGAGACACCGCGGACACCUUCGUCGUGUGCGGCCGCGGCGCCCUGCACAUCACCAUCCUCAUCGAGAACAUGCGCCGCGAGGGGUACGAGUUUUGCAUCGGUCCCCCGCAGGUCAUCACCAAGACGGACCCGGACAGCGGCAAGACCCUCGAGCCCUUCGAGGAGGCCGUCGUGGAGGUGGGCGAGGAGUACAACGGCGCCGUCGUCGAGCUCCUCUCCAACAGGAAGGGCGAGAUGCUCGACUUGGUGACCAACGACAAGGGAAUCACGCAGAUCAAGUACAAGGUGCCCACCCGAGGGCUCCUCGGCGUCCGCAACGCGAUUCUCACCGCCACCCGCGGCACCGCGGUGCUCAACACCAUCUUCGACGGCUACUACCCUUACGCGGGCGACAUCACCAUGCGCGAGAACGGUUCGCUCGUCGCGUUCGAGACUGGGCAGGUGACCUCCUACGCCCUCUUCUCCGCUCAGGAGCGCGGCGUCAUGUUCGUCAAGCCCGGCGUGGAUGUUUACGAGGGCCAGGUUGUGGGAAUCCACCAGCGCCAGGGUGACCUCAAGGUCAACGUCGCGAAGCGCAAGGCGGCGACGAACGUGCGAUCGAACAAGGACGCGACGGUCGUUCUGAACGAGCCCAAGCAGCUCUCCCUCGACGACUGCGUUGAGUACAUCGCCAACGACGAGCUCGUGGAGGUGACCCCGGUGAGCGUUCGCAUCCUCAAAAACGCCAAGAUGGACAAGAAGGCGCAGAAGCAGGCGGCGAUGAAGAAGUAAACUUACACGGGGUGGUUGGGUGGUUCCGCCACCGCUCACGCCGCACGCUUCGCACGCUCGCAAAUAUUACGCUUCGCUUUGCUUCAUUGGGGGGGUUCACGGUUAACUCAUUGUUUUUUGCCAUUCGCUUUGCCAUUCUUUGUAAACUGAGAUCAGAUUACAGCC